CCGAGAGGAGACGGAAGGAGCUAAGGAUUGUGGGGCAGCUAACCCCGGGGCCGGAAACAUAGGGCCGAUCCACCGGCCGAAGCGGUAAUCCGCAUGCGCAGAGUCCUCCAAUUGCUAGCCUGCCCUCCCCUGCCCACCUGGCGUCCGGUCUCCUAGCAACAACACCAGCACUGUCUGAACUGCAUUUUCCUCGCCUUCGGUUCACACCAGUCGCUGAUUACAAUCCUUCAGUUGCUACCAGCGAAGCCUCUCUACACCCCUCAAGCCCCAGACCUUGCACUUCGGUUUACUGUUGUUUUGACCCCACCCCAACAGUUUGCUUUAAAUCAACCGCUUCCCCUUGUUCCCCAAGUUCCUGAGUUUCUCCUCAUAAGAUCCUGGGUUCAGCCAUCCCACCGGCUUUCCAGGCUGUUCCGCCCCUUUUCUUCCUCGCCCGCCCCAGGCCAACUGCCUUUUAGAUCAUGCCUGGAGCUAAGCUUGCCCCGACUCCAAAGGAAGGGGGCAUCUGCAUCACUGAAGCCCUUAUCACUAAGCGAAACUUGACAUUUCCUGAGGACGACGAUCUGUCUGAGAAGAUGUUUCACACCCUUGCUGAGCUGCAGACUGUCCGCCUGGAUCGGGAGGGAAUUACCUUUAUCAGGAAUUUGGAGAGCCUCCAGAAUAUUCACAGCCUCUAUCUGCAAUCGAAUAAGAUCCAGCAAAUUGAGAACCUGGCCUGCAUCCCCUCCUUGCGCUUCCUGUCUCUGGCAGGAAACCGCAUCAAGCAGGUGGAAAACCUCCUGAACCUCCCACACCUCCAGUUUUUGGACCUUUCUGAGAACCUGAUAGAAACGCUGAAGCUGGGUAGGAACACCUUUGCCUUGGCUCAGAGAAUAAGUCCCACAUGGGGCCCUCCCUCCUCUCUGCCCCCAGACUCCUGUGCAUACAUUACCUGUAGCCCUACACCCGAACACUUCAUUCUCCAGGUGCUCCCAGGGGCUGUGCAAAGAGGAAUUUUGGUUUGGAAGAUGGGUCUGAGAUUCUCAUUGCCCCUCUCUUUGGUGUGUGCAGAUGAGUUCCCCCAGAGCCUUCUCAUCCUCAACCUGACUGGAAACAGUUGCACCAAGCAGAAUGGCUACAGGGAGCGAGUGAUAGGAGCCCUGCCACUACUCCUGGACCUGGACAGGCAGCCUGUGCAGGAGCGCUGGGCCUCAGAUGAGGAGACAGCUUCGGGUGAUGACGAUGAGGAGUUUCCAGAGCUGAGUGGCCCGUUCUACUCAGAGCGAGGCUUCCUCAAGGACCUGGAGCAGGAGAUAACCAGGCACAAGGAGCACAGGCAGCAGGCAGCCCUGACAGAGCACCUCCUGAGGAUGGAGACCCAGCCGGCACUUACAGACCUCCCCCUGCUGCCUGAGGAGCCCAUGAUCGGGGACAGCAACCCUCCUGUCCCUCCUGGGCAAGAGAAGACACCCACUGAGCCUACCUCCUCACCACAGACAUACUCUGCCACCAAGAUCCCUUGCCCUCUGGUCUCCCUUGGCCAGCAAGACACUGCCCAGGCACAGGAAGGAGCCAGGACAGUCACAGCCCCCAAGGCCCCCCUGACUGGGGUCCCCAGCACAACCAAAACUAUGACCAAGAAAAUCAAGAAUUAAAGUGUGGCCUAUCAGCAAAGCUACAGGAACGAGGGAGAUGCUGAUGGGACCUCUCCCUUGUUCUCAGAUGCCUCACCUGUGGCAGCAGCCCAUCCCCAAUAAAGUGUCUCUGGGCCUUGACUAUGUCUCUCAUGUCACUGCAGGCAU